AUGCCGUCUCGGAGACUAGUUUCAUCAUGGCAGGUCCGCGCCGAGGCCGGCGAGCCCUUCGCCGUGAUCCGGGUCCGCGACCUCCAGGGCACAAUCCAGGCCGGGACCGACGCCUGGGGUCGCAAGAAUAAGGCACAGCCCGUCGUCAUCUCGGCCGAAUUGUCAAUGGCGGGACCCUUUGAGGCCGCGUCCGUCUCGGACACGGUCAGCGACGACACGGUGCACUACGGCCUCUUGGCCAAGGCGCUCCUCCGCAGCCUCGACGACGUGAAUCGGUCGGCGGAGACGGUGUCGACGGUGUCCACCACCCUGCAUGGCGCCAUGGAGGCUAUUUGGAACAGUUUGACUGGGUUUCACGUCGGCGGGCUCGAGGCAAAGGAGCUUAGCAAGCCGGCCUUAUUGAAGGACAGGAUACCCAAGAUUCGGUAUCUGAACGUCACUGUCACCCUGCCAAAGGCAUCGCUUCUCGGUAGCGGCGUGAGUCUGUCUUGGUCGUCGGCCUUUGAUCCCCGCGACGGCGUGGCCGCGGGAAGAUUCUACAGCUCGUGUCUGCGCAUCCAUGAGCUGCGCGUGCCCACGCUCGUCGGCGUCAACGAUAAUGAGAGGCUGUCGAGGCAGGUCGUCGUGGCCAGCGUCGAGAUCGAGGGUUACCUAGGCCCGCAUGAUAUAUACGUCGACGUUGAGUCUUAUAUUGUCAAUGUUUUGGGAGACUCGUCCUUUGAAACGCUCGAAGCUCUUGGUCCCGCCAUUGCCAGUGGGAUCAGGCGAUGCUGCCAAGAGCGGCGAGGUGUUGAUGAGCCGUACAAAGAUCCCGCGGGAUGGACGAUCAAGGUUAUCAUGGAGAAGCCGACUGCCAUUACCAUGGCGGCGGCCUCCUGCGUGGAGUAUAGAGAACUCCCAGAAACAAAGCCGUAG